GCUCGUUUUAAUAUAACUGCUUUGCCACGAACAUCAAUUGCAGAUGAAUUUUACGUGGAUACAGGACGCAGUUCCAGCUUGGUUAGCUCCGAGAAAAUUUAGCUAUGUCGCCUACGUUUGUAUCUUUCUACACAUCGCUGCUGGAGUGGCGAUCGCCUCUGCUACAGCAGCGUUGAGGGAGAGCGAAACCCAGAAAUUCGAUUGCUUUUACGAUGUGGAAACCUUGAAGACGUCCAAGACACAGGUGGAGCGAUCUUGUUUCUUAAAAUAUGACAAAGUUUACAACUCUCCUCUGCCACUCUACCAAUUUGUAUCGCUCAGUUUCGGAUUCACUGCUGCCAUUACUUUCGUUUAUUUGUUGACUGUAAAGAGACGAGUCGACGAAAUAGAGUCGAACUUUAAGAAACAAACUGAUCAAGAAGAUGUGAACGAAGAUCAUAAGCGCAAGACUGCUUACGUUUUCUAUUUUUAUCUUGUCCAUCUCGUUGUGCGUUCAAUUCUUGGGAUAGUAUUUACUGUCUUACAACAUGCAUAUUUCUACCCUAAUGGUUCUCAGUCGAAUUUUAACUGCGUUUUAUCCCCCGAAGAAAUAAAUGCACCAAUGGUUAAGAGUCGGUAUCAUUUUAUACAAUGUGAGAACUCGACUUCAUUUGAAAAAUGGAUUUGGAGUGUUUUGGUUACCGCAAUAAACAUUACGUUUGCUGUAAUUCUACUUGCAGAAGCUGUUUUGCUUUGUUCAACAAGACGAAUCUCUAGAUCCGUGACCGGCGACACAGAGUUUGUUAUCAACUAUUUUCUUCGCAGCGAAUAUAAGCCACCUUUAACAAGCGAUGAAUGCGUCACGAGCUACAAGAAUGAUGUUUUGACUAAAAAUGACAGUUUAGGUCGAUGGUACGCAGACGUUUUGAUCCAAAGAGUUCCUCCGUGUUCCAAACCUUUGAACAAAAUUACAGAUCUACUAUUUCGUUCGGACGAGGAAGAUAAAACGGGGAAAACGCCGCUAAAAAUCCUGGCGAUAGGCUGUCCUGGACUUGGAAAGACAUCCUUAGCAAAACAAGUUAUCGCUGACUGGGCUAAUGGAACCGAUGAAUAUUAUCGUGACAAGAUUGCCUUUUUUUUCCAGUUCAAGCACUUCAAUGACGAAAAUUUGGGAAAUUUAAACGAGAAACAGUUUCUCCAGUUCGGAACUGAAGUUCAGGAAACAAGAGACUUUAAAAGUAUAUAUGACGCAGUUGUGGAACAGCCGUCUAAAGCCCUUUUUGUUUUUGAUGGAUUGGACGAAUAUGGCGGGGACGCCGAUAGUUGCUUUACGAAUUUUGAAACAACGAAAUACCAACGCAAUAUGCCCAUAUCAGGAAUGGUUUUCUUCUUGAAACUGGUCUUGGGUUCUAUCUUCAAAGGAGCAACGAUUUUUGUAACCAGCAGGUCGUCUGCAGCACCUACUUUUUUUAAGGACAUAAAUUUUGAUCGGAAAGUCGAAAUUAUCGGUAUGACUUCGGAACAGAUUAAAAACUAUGUCAACACACUCUGUGAAAAAGAAGGGCGAAACGACUUUAAGUCACUCGUAUGGAACUACAUAAAUUCCUCUUCGCAUGUUUUAAACCUUUGUCGUAUUCCUGUAAACUGUUACAUUGUGUGCAUCACUCUGUUUCAAGAGACUGAGAAUCGUAGCCUU